CAAAGUUUUAAAAGAAAAAUUCCGUCCUUGGUAGCUUCUCUCUGUUUGUCUGCUCUGUCGAUGGACUUGUAUCUGAAGCAAUGGAGAAACCAGGAUGAGUCAGUGGCAGAGGAACAGCAUUCUGCAAAGAUGCCAAAACUUGUUCUCGAACCUCAUCAAAAGCCACAAUCAUCUGCCUCUGCUCUCCCUCUGUUUGUACCAGAACCCAACGCUAAAGUCAGCACCUUGUCAGCAUUAUCUGAUUCAACCUCAGCUUCUCCCAGAGUUCCCCGGAUGGGGAAUUAUUUCAGCUUGGCUCAGUGGCAGGAGCUUGAGUUGCAGGCUUUGAUUUUCAGGUACAUGUUAGCCGGCGCUGCUGUGCCUCCUGAGCUUCUUCACCCAAUCAAGAAAAGCCUUCUUCAAUCCCCUUCCUAUUUCCUGCAACACUACCCAUCCUAUGACCCUGCUUCAGCAUUGCAAUCAGGGUAUUGGGGAAGGGUAGCCAUGGAUCCAGAGCCUGGCCGGUGCCGGAGAACUGACGGCAAAAAGUGGCGGUGCUCUAGGGACGUGGUUGCUGGCCAGAAGUACUGCGAGCGCCACAUGCAUCGCGGUCGAAAUCGUUCAAGAAAGCCUGUGGAACUACCCACACCAAACACUCCCGGUGGCAGUGACUUCGGCGGCGGCGGAGGCUCUGCCGGCGCUCCGAUAUCCAUGACUGCGCCGUCAUUGGCAAUGGCUUCGCUAAGUUCCCCUUUCGAUCUCCAUCUUGAUCAAAGGUAAUUCUUCGCGCUAAAAUGACUAGUAAUUGGGGAAGCCAACAUCCAAACGUCUUAGAUUUUACGAUCUCUGUGUAAUGGUUAUAUAUGAAAUUGUGCUUAAGAAAAGGGUUCUUGGCUAUAAGUUGGUGGGACACCUUUGUUUUGUUUUGUAAUUGUUAUUUAUUUCACUUGUCAACCUUAAUUUGAAUAUCC